CCCUUUUCUGCCUGUCCAGGAGCUGGCUCUCCCCUCAGAGCCUCAGAGGAGGGGACGCGGCAGCAGCACCAUGGCCCCCCGCACGGCCGCCGUCAGCCAGACCUGCUGCUGCCUCAGUGUGCGCAUCGCCACCAUCGCCCUGGCCGUCUACCACGUGAUCAGAUCUCUUGGCUAUGAAGGGGGCAAAGACUCGGGAUGGGGUUCCUGGGUCAUGAGCAUCCUGCUGUUCGUGGAGCACACGGUGGAAGUGGCCCGGGGCAAGGCUUCCUGCAAGUCCUCGCAGAUGGGCUACCUCAGGGUUGCCGACCUGCUCGCCAGCUUCCUGCUCAUCACCAUGCUCUUCGCCAUCAGCCUGAGCCUGCUCGUCGGCGUGGUCAAGAGCCGGGAGAAGUACCUGCUGCCCUUCCUGUCCCUGCAAGUCAUGGACUACCUGCUGUGCCUGCUCACCCUGCUGGGCUCCUACAUCGAGCUGCCCGCCUACCUCAAGUUCGCCGCCCGCCGCCGCUCCGGCCCCUCCAAGGUCCCCCUGCUGACCCUGCAGCUGCUGGACUUCUGCCUGAGCGUCCUGACCCUGUGCAGCUCCUACAUGGAAGUGCCCACCUACCUCAACUUCAAGGCCAUGAACCACAUGAAUUACCUCCCCAGCCAGGAGGGUGCAGCUCACAGCCAGUUUGUCAAGAUGAUGGCCGUGUUCUCCGUGGUCUUCAUCACCGUCCUCAUCCUGAAGGUCUACAUGUUCAAGUGCGUGUGGAGGUGCUACCGGCUCAUCAAGUGCAUGAACUCGGCCGAGGACGGGGCCACCACCACGGCGUUCCCGAAGGUGGUCCUGCCGACCUACGAGGAGGCCCUGUCUCUGCCGUGCAAGGCUCCCGAGGCGGGACCUGCACCACCCCCGUACUCAGAAGUGUGAGCCCCCAGCCCCAGCCUGGCUCUGGGAGGGGCGGAGCUGCCUCGGAACCGCUUCUCUGCUUUGGUGGCCCCUGCUGCCCGGGCGGGCCCGCUGACUCGGGGUGACCUGCUGUGCCCCUUGCCAGCCCGCCCCUCGCCCGGCCCCUGAGAUGCUCACAGUGGUGUCAGCCCCGCGGCCGAGCGCCGCCCCAGGCCCUCGGAAGGUCAGGCCCACAGCACCCCGCCUAUCGCACCGCUGCAGCGCCGCACAGAGACGGGUUCUAGGUUUGGCAGGCGUGGUUCCGGUCAGCCGGGUCGGUUCCGCCACGCAGCGCGUGCCCUAACGCACUCGUCCAGCCAGCAAAACUCUGCUGAGAGCGGCCUGCUCUUCUGGUCUGUGAGAAACUGAUUCACACAGUGGUUCAGCCUAGCGAUCCUGCCGGUAAACACAUACCCACACACACACACACACACGUACGUGAGGGCAGGUGCGUGUAUGUCCACAUGGUGUGCAAGAAGUCAGCCAUCCGUAGAAUAAUGAAUACAUUAGAAAUCAAAUUCAAUAGGGACCAACAGGUGGCGUGGUGGUUAGGGCGCUGGACUCCCACAUGGCCAACUGCGGUUUGAGUCCCAGACCUGGUGGCUUGCUUUCUCACUUCCCCUCUCUCACUCUGUCCUUCUCUG